AUCAUCACUCCCUGCAACUUGGAGCGUUAGUUCCCUUUUGCUUCGGCAUGUAGUGCAAAGCUGACACCAUCCGACGAUAAGGUGUUGGAAAGAGCAAAUAAGGGCUUCGAGCGCUUGCGGGUACGGUUCGUGGGGUGCUUCUGGACGAGGAAGCAGUGAUCAGAUCGCUGAAGGAUGGAGAUGCGUAUUUCUCGACGAUCUUUCAUUUAACUUCUGAUUCUGAUUUCGAGCUUCGCAUCGUGAAGCUCUCGGAUCCGACCUCUACAACCAACGAGAUUAACGUCAACCAACGACUACACCAAGUCCCGCAGCCAAUUUUGCGUCCGCAAGUCUACGGGAAGGCCUAUGACACGUUGACGCGGGUGAAUUGAGGGACUUUCGAAUGAAAUGUCGGGGGAUUGUCUUGUUUUCGAGCUGCGGUCGUAAUGCACGUGUAAAGAGGCUAAAUCGAAGGCCGAACCCACCCUGCUGAUUUCGACGGUCCCCAUGCAGCCCGACUUGUGCUUCUAAUACGCCUAUCGCUGGAUACCCUCAUGCUUGUUUCAGCGCAUAUAGCGCGCCACCUAACGCCCGUGUUUCGACCACGGCACGUCACUAAAGGAAGGAUGCAAUAUCGAAGCUUACACUUCGACUGUAAGUAAAGCUGUAUGGGCCCACGCUGGUAAGGAAAGCCACAACAUAACUUCCAGCUUCCUACACUGGCUUUUCGGCUAAAUGAUGCAGAAAGGAUAUGUUCCGCCUGUGUCCUCAUGAAUAUUAACACCUGUACAAUCCUACAGACCAUAAGACAACACCAAGAUGCGGAAGACAGUAGACAAAUUUAGACGCUGAGCGGCGCGGUAUUCUCUCCUACUUCUCGAAGUGCCGUUUUGGCUGUGCACCUUUACGUGCUUCCUCUGUCGUCUCUCCUGCGUCCAGACAUUGAUUGCCGCGGCCAGUUUUGGAAGAACUGCGGGAUCGGUUUCCCGAUUGAAGGUUGAACCGCCGAUCCACUCAGUCUAUAUAACCAUCUGCCCUCCCCUCGCGUACAAGCGGACUUUCGUUCCCGUCGCUCGCUCUCUUCUCCGUUUAACCCGAGUCCACCGUAUUCUCUCAAACUCAUCUUUGCCUCCUCGACGAGUACCUGCGAUCAAGAUGUCGCAUACUAUACAUUGGCCAGGAAAAACCUUUUUCUAUCCCAUUGGCAAUACGUCGCCCGUUUCUCUCACUCAAGAUCUACCAGUUGGUACCCCAGACAACAUAUUGUUACUCGGAUGCGGAGAUCCCAGAAGCAUCUUGCACACGGUUCAUAUGAGCGCAAAUGGAUCUCACCUUGAUCGAAGCCUUGACUUCACAUGUGUCGAUGUUGAAGGAGCCGUUCUAGCACGUAAUGUGGUCUUGGUAACCUUACUAGGAGAACAGACCAACAUCGAGGAAAAACUCCCUCUGAUGUGGAACAUUUUCUUCGAUUUCCUCAUCGACCAAUCCUCUCUGUCUCUUCUCGUAACCCACUGUGCUAAGCUACUUGCCACAUCAGCAUCCCUCGAAGACUGGAAACGCUCCUCUUACAGCCGUCACGUCUCAUUCUGCGAUGCCAACACGCUCUCGGUUGUCCGCAAAUACUGGCGGCUUUAUCUCAGGAGCGCCACCCUCACGAAGACCGAGCGAGUGCAGUUCAAAGUCAUGACAAUCUCGGGCAUGAAGACCAUCCAGGGGGAGCGAAUUCCCACCGCCCCCCCAAACCUCAACUACUGGGCGGCGCGGUCUGCCGGGCCUCUGGCGCCGCACGUCGUGCGCAUUGUGACUAGGGGGUUUCGUCGAUUCUGGGAGACGGGCGUGACGGCGUACGAUGCUGAGACGGUAGCCACGGCGCAGCUUGUUAAUCCGACGUUUGUGCACUCCAUGUCUGGCGACAAGUUUAGCGUUCAUCAUCUCUCCUACCCGCUCACGUCCUUCCAUCUUUCUGAUAGUUUCAUCUCUGUUGACCUGCAGAACACCGACAGGUGGUCAAGGGUGCGGGCGGAGAAGUACGAGGAUGACCUGAUGCUGAACGUUGUUAUCCCUGCCGCGCGGAGACAGUUCUCCCUGUGGUGCACGUCCUUGUUCGCUAUCUUGCCUCCUUCCUCUGUUCAAUUCGUCGUGCGACUCUUCUGCGGAGACGCGCUCUCUUUCUGCAAGGCCCUGCGCUAUUAUUGCGAUACCAAAUCAGCUACGACACCAUUUCUGACCGCGCCUUGGAAGACCACUUGUAUCACCUUUGACAGCCAGUCCUCUACCGCACUUCAGCCCCUUCCCACCGCAUUUGACGUCGUCGACACCUCCAAUCUCUCCGACGACCUCGGUCUACUCAACAUUCUUGUCCAUGCCGGUUCACUGUUGCAACGCGCCUCACGCUUCGGUGUGCUCUAUACCGAGACUCUACUUCCAGAAGGCCAAGAUGUGCCCAAAGGUUUGCUCAAGUACACUUGCUGUGACCUGGGUACACUGUCUCUCUUGCUUGGGCUCGUUCCGACGGCGUUUGUGUCGGGAUUCACCACGCACUCCAAUCUUUACGAGGUGUCUGUGUGCCAAACUCUUCAAAUGUUGGAGCAGUACCACGAGCGGCUAGUGUGGCGCCGUCCCAUGCCUGGGGACGUGAAGGCUGAGUUUGUACCUGGUCGCUCGGUGUUUGCGCACGGAGAGCUGGCAAGGGCUUUCUACCACAUUUACUUGAAGAUGUUCGCAGACGAAGACAUGAGCGCCAAGUACAAGGACUUUUGGUCAUCCUAUACAGGGGCGUUCACGGUAAUGACUCACCGCAUCCAUUACGUCCGUCGCACAUUUGCAGAGCUCCUUGAUGCGGUCCAUGCUAGCUCAAGAGCGCACGCCACGGCAGAUUGGACGCGCGUCAUGCGCGAGCUGAUCGAGCUUAUCAAAACAGAUCGAACGCUGUUCACUGUGACAGGUUCGAACUACCUCCAAGAUCUCUGCUGUCACCUACAUCUUCUCGGGGUGCAUACCGUUGACUGGAUCGAACCCUCCGAGGUCGCAUACAAAAUUCGAACGGGAAUGGGCGGUGACGUGUAUCGUGAUUGGCGUAUCAUUCCAGUAACAGUAUGGAUUGUGCUUACCGUGCCGAGGUCGCACCUGCGCGCAAUCGAAGGCGAACUUGACAAGCAGGGUGCCCCUAUUUUGCAGUGCGAGGUCUUUGGCCGCAUGGCGUCCCACACUUUUCCAUCUAUUGACGUCACGUUCGGGAAGGUGGUUGUGGCGGAGGCUGCUGACACGACCGACAAGGGCGACAAGACGGUGCUGAUUGUUGAGGACGAGAAGGGGAGAGGCGGAUCGUCGGACAUCGUAGCUGCGUUCCAGGCACCGGCGUCAAUACUGACGGUCGAGCCGCAGAUGUCUGUGGCGCUUGUUGUGCGCUCGACGCCGCACAGCUCUACGCCAACGCUCAUCUCCAAAAUCGGGUUUCUACAGCGGAUCUUUUCCGGUCGGGUCGACGACGAGCGACAUGUACACGUUCUCAGGAGCUCUCCAUUCACUACCUCGUCAUUGACAGACGGACAGUCUGUUACUAGCUCUGGCGCUGCUGACAGAAAAGAGACAAACCCGCGGGAAACUGACUCGAGCGUCAACAUCUCGAUGAACCACAAGCACGAGGAAGUAUCCUCAUUAACCGCUCGAGUGGACGUCGUCGAGAACGGUGCAAGGUCCAGCCUGGCACAGGGAGCGUCUGUAGUGAUGGAGCCUGCGACGCCAUGUAGCGUCCAUGUCUCUUGGAAAGGGCACGCACAAGUGCACGUCUUCCCUCUUCCGGUUGAUUUUGAUCGCGCUAGGCUUCGUAUUGCCCGAAAGUCAUCCUACAUCGAGGUUUUGGCACCUGUCUCGACAACGGUGACAACUCGGAAUAUGAGGUUUCCUGUCUUCUUGACGGAGCAAGGGCAUGCACUCUGGAACGUGCACCGAGUCGUCUUGGACAAGUUGCCUAGCCUCAAGCCGUCUGGUGCUGUUCGUUCGCGCAUAGCCCAGUGGCUAAAUCCUCACGUUGACUUCGGACUGUCCGACCCGGGACGUGGAGUCUCUAAAGGACAGCAACAGCCCGAGAGCGGCGUUCGCAAGUCCACGAUCACCCUGAAGCAAACUUUGCACGACAUCCUACUAGGUGCGGCAGGCAUCCGCGGCCCGGCUGCGCCGUGUGUCAAGGGACUUGACUGUCCCGAUUUUGGGUGCUACAUGCUCAUUUUCAUCUCCGAGUUGCGCCUUGACCCCGCCUCGCACACCGUAGUCGCGGAUUCGUGGGUCGUUCCCCUGAACGGCGACAUAACGUCGCAUUUUGCUCCUGCACUCAGAGCGCUCUCUCCGGAUAUCGAUCGCAUCGUAACCGAGCCGGGAACAAUGGAGCUCUGGAAGCAUCUGCUGCCCGCGGUCACAGAGCGCUGUCGCACCUGGACGCACCACGCUGAGUGCGAAUAUCAGCAAAGCGCGGCCAUACCUCUGACUCUGAAGGUCGACGGGAUCCCAAUCUGUUCGUGCGGGCGCGGCAUGGGAACGGCUGAGGUGUCCUCUUUCUGCAGUGGACCUUGGAAAGCAUUCGCGCCUUACGCCACCAGAGCGGCGUUGAGUCCGCUGUUUUCCGUGUCGUAUCUGGAGAAUGAAGGCAGGAUGCUGAGGGAUGAAAAGUUGGACAGCUCACCUCUCUGUGCUGCUUGUGGCGGACCGGGUAGACCGUCAUUGCUGAUGUGCGGCAGAUGCAGGACGACAACGUACUGUUCGAUGGAGUGUCAGCGCAAAGAUUGGAAGAGCCACAAGGCGGCGUGUAAAUAAGCUGACAUUAGGAGAUAUACUUCUCAUGUUUUCACCUGUAUAUUUUACUGGCUCAAAGUAUCUUGUUCCUCACACUCAAGGGUUGCAUGUAUGUGUGGUGCGAGUCGUUAGCUGAGCAAUGGUAUUAG